AUGGACUUCGCACUGCUGCCAAUUUCCAAGGACUCUCUGGAGUGGCAGUGUAGCAUCCUACAACUGGGAGGCCUCACGGUCCUCCUGAACUGCGGCUGGUCGGAGUCCUUCGACCCGAAGCUGCUGUCUCCUCUCAUCCCUCACUUGCAUGAGCUGGACCUCAUUGUGCUGACGCACGCUGACUUUAAGCACCUUGGAGCGCUACCUUACCUGCUCACGAAGUAUCCGGUGUCCUGCCCGGUCGUCUGCACGGAGCCCGUGUGCCGGCUUGGGGAGCUCGCCUGUGUGGCGGCGCUGGAAGACCGGGAGAAGUACCGGGAGCCCUCGGACGCCUAUGAAGUGGAUGAUGUUCUUCGGAUCUUCAUGUCCAGGCUGUCCACACUCAAGUACAGAGAGACCUUCCGCAUCCAGGUCAACGGCCGUGUGCUUGCGGCCUGCCCCUUCCCGGCAGGGCCGAGCCUGGGAAGCGCCUACUGGACGCUGCAGUGCGGGAGCCUGUCGGCGGUGUACCUGGUCGAUGGAACCAUGCGCAAAGGUAGAUACUUAGAUGGCCUGGAGCUGGAGCGCAUGCUUCCUGGAUGCCGGGGCACUGCUCAGCGCUGGGACGUCGUUGUCACCUCGCCACUCUCCACGGCACGUUUGGCCGAUGGGUCCGAGGACCGGCUGAAGCUCCGGGCGCUGCCCGGGCGGGGGGCGCUGCAGAAACCUCCGGAGGUCUACGCCUCCUCCAAGGCCAUCACCAUUGCCCGCACCGUCCGGGAGCAAUGCUUCCUGGAGGAGACGGUGGCGACGCUCCGCAAGGGUGGGAGCGUCCUGAUUCCUGCAGAUGUGGCAGGGUGGAUCCCUGAGGCCCUGCUCCUCUUCGAGGCCGCCUGGAAUCAGGACCGCCAGCUCGCCACGUACCCGCUCGUGUGGCUUUCGUCCAUGGGCGACAUGGUGCUAGAUCAGGUCAAGACGCGCCUCGAGUACAUGGGCCACGAGGUCCUCGAGGCCUUCGAGUCGCGACCGGGGCACCACCCGUUCGUGCUGAAGAAUGUGAGGAUCUUCCAGAGCCUGGAGGAGCUUGUAGCAGCCCAUCCGCUGAACCGGCCGAAGGUGAUCUUCGCCACCUCCCAGCAUCUCGAAGCCGGCGACGCCCGCGAGCUCUUCUUCCGCAUCUCCGGCGAGUCCAAGGCACUUCUCUGGCUGCUCGGCGUGGCGCCUCAGGGGACGCUGGCGCGGACGCUGCUCGAGGAUUUCGUGCUGGGCAACUGCAUGCGCAAAGAGUAUCGCCUGCAGUACCAUUCGAAGACGCCCUUCCCUGACGAAGAGCUCCGCGCCUUCUACGAGAAGAUGCAGGAGCAGGCCAUGGAACCACCGGCGCCUCCGGAUGUGGCUGUGGCUAUGAAGGCAGAGGAUAUCCUGUCAGUCCAAGGCGGUGUGGGCCAAGGUGGUCGUGCGAAGGCCGAGGAGGCAGAGGCCAAGGUUGAACACAAGGUGGAGGUGAAGGCCGAAGGCAAAGUGGAGGGAAAGGCCGAAGCGAAGGCCGACGCAAAGGCCGAGGUUAAGGCCGAAACCAAGCCCGAGCCGAAGGCCCUGGCCAAGGAGGCGGCCAAGCCCUCCAGCGCACUCUGGAGCCCACUGGGCUGGCCCAGCUCCAGGACGGUGGCCUUUGCGGAGCCACGGGCGGAGAGUGACUCGUAUGGUCAGCUCCUGAGCGCAUCGGAGUUGCGUCUCUGGCGGGCCCAGGACCAGGAGGGCACCAAGUACACUGCCAGCGGCCCGGAGACCGCCUCGGCCUUGCCCAGCGUCAAGGAGGAAGCGGUGAAGCUGGAAGCAGAGCUGGCCGAGGGCGAGAGCUCAGAGUGGCGUGAGAGCCUCCGGGCCCAUUUCCGGGAGCCCAUGCGCUGCGAUGUGAGGGACCGGCUUCUGAAAGUGAACUGUAAAGUGCGCUAUCUGCCCGACAGCUCCCUGGAGGCUCGCGACCUGACGAACCUCCUACAGCUGGUCUCUCCCAGGCAUGUGGUGGUGCUCCCUGCGCGUGCUGGCAGCUCCGGCGAUACUGCGGACACCAGCACCGGCGCACAUCUUCAGGCCCACUUCCAAAAGAGCGACGUGCAGGAGCUGAGCCGGCUGCCACCAGAGAUCCACAUCCUGCGCCCGAAAGACCAGCCACUGCAACUCAGCCUGCGGUCGUCCAAAAGGUUGUCAGAGUCACCGCGUGCGCUGUCUGCAGCUUUGACGGCUCCCUUCCCAUGGGUCUGCGAGGACUCCGAAAGCUGGGCCUGGAGCCAAGUGGUGUUCCUGGGCGGGCUGGAGCGUUACGAGGUGAAGGGCUCGGACGUCCUGGGCAUCGGCAGCUUCAGCGUGGUCAGGAGAGGCCGCGACGUCCACGCUGGCCAGGUGGUGGCCGUGAAGUCCCUGAAGGCGGCCAGCUCCGCCAAAUUCCGCAGGGAGGUCUUCCUCUUCGAGGCCCUCUACUCGGAUGGGGAGGUGGACCAAGCUUCUCCAAAAAGCCGAAGGGCGCUCAGUAGAUCGGCAACAGUUGUGGAGGGAUCCAGGGAGUAUGACAGCAGCUGCGCGCCGGGCGCGUCGCUCUCUCCCCAGAACCUCUUUGUGCAGCUCCUGGCCCACUCCGACCUUGCUGUUGAGGCGGGUGUCAGCUGGAGCGUCCUGGAGUUGGGAGACUUCACCCUGCACGACUUGAUUCUUGCCUGUGGCGAUGCGGCGCGGGCAAAGAAGCCACACUGCCUGCAGAACGAGGCGCAGAUCGGCAGGGUGUUGCUUCGGGGUACUUGGAAAUACUUUUAUUUUUUGGGUACUGUAAUUCCUAAGAAGCAGCAGAAGACAUUAAUUUUAAUUUUUCGGUACUAUAACUCCUAA